GUGGUCACGGCCAAAGAUAGACCCAGCUUGGUAAAGUGCCCCUCACACUCACACAUUGUUCUGUGUCCAGCUGUGCCUUGUUCUUCUAUGGGCUGAGAUGACGACAGAACAAGUGAGGGGGUGGAGAGAGAAAGAGAGAGACUGAUUCAGAUUCAGAGCAGUAUCCUCAUUCUGUGUUAACAUCUCACUGUGAUAUCAAUGUAUGCAGCCUGAGGUAAAAUGAUUUUAAUUAUGUUAGAUUAUCCCGUCUUUAACUGCAUCCUUUCAAUGUGUCUGUCGUGUUUUGUCAGUGCUUACGCUAUGCUUAACCCCCCGUCUGUUGUUGAGUGCUGUGGAAUGUGUUAGUUGACAGUAGUCAGCCAGGGGGAUAACAGUGUAGGGCGUUUUUAAAAUGUACAAAAAACAUUCUGGGGUCCAAAGGACAGCUGUUAAGACACAUGUCAAGUGUUUACUUUCUGUCAGGAGAUGUGAAAUUUGCACGAGUGGUUUAUGUGUUUGCUCAGGGAUAUUUGCACACUGAGCCUUGUUAGCAAAACCUGUCUUCAUAAAGAUAUGCUAUUCUGUUCAAAGUCAGCCUCCAGCACUUCGGCUCUCUGUGUACCUCUAACUAAAAUGGUAUUGUGUCCUACUACAGAGCCUGAAUAGAAAACUCACAUCCCAAGAUGCAGUGGUGCAGGUGGGCCGGCAGUUGGAGGUCACACCUACCAAGACAGUUUGCAGGGCCGGAGAUUGAGGACUCUUUCGACUUUCUUUUCAAAAUCAUCCUGGUUGGGGACUCAGAUGUGGGGAAGACCUGCGUGGUCCAGAGGUUCAAGUCCGGCAUAUUCAUCGAGAAACAGCAAAACACCAUCGGGGUCGACUUCACUGUUCGCACCCUGGACAUCGAUGGCAAGAAAGUGAAGAUGCAGGUGUGGGACACAGCAGGACAGGAGCGUUUCCGCACCAUAACUCAAAGCUAUUACCGCAGUGCCCACGGGGCCAUAGUGGCCUAUGACAUCACACGCCGCACCACGUUUGAAUCCGUCACUCACUGGAUCAGGGAGGUGGAGCAGUUUGGGGCGGCCAGCGUGGUCCUGAUCCUCAUUGGUAAUAAGUCAGACCUUCAGGCUCAGAGGCAGGUGUUGUUCGAGGACGCGUGCACUCUGGCAGAAAACAAAGGUGCGCUGGCCGCUCUGGAAACAUCGGCCAAGGAAGCCCAGAACGUGGAGGCGGCCUUCGUCCUCAUGGCCCGGGAGCUGCUGGCACGCAACGGCAUGACCAUCAUAGACGAGAUUUCUGAAGACUCACCUCAAUUUAUGUUGAAUAGCAGCUCCCACCCGGUCCAUGGCGCUUCGUCUUCAGAUAAAAGGUGUGGCUGCUGAGCAGACUGAAGCAGGGAUGAUGUGUUGUUUAAGACUUGUUUAGGAGAAACUACAUUGCAUUGUGUGUGUGAACGUUUUGUACAUAUUUUGACAUUUAAUAUUUAUACAGUUUGUAGUAUCAGUAACACAGGUAUAAAUGGUGGUUGCUUAUCAAACGGUUUUUGUUAUAUUUUCAUCUGAGGAUAACUGCUGCUGAAUGUGAUACAGUAUACAGAAUGAUUUCACUCGACAA